AUGGCCAUUAAGAAAAAAGUCGAUCCUUCGCGUAGCGGAGCAUCGAGAAGCAACCCUAUUUCGCUUGAUUCCGUCCCUGCAUCUGAUGAUCCGUUGAUAACGACAGAUGGCGAAGCGGACGGCUGGCGGAUAUUGUUUUGGGCCAAACCAGGGGACCGCGAAGGUGCUUGCUUGCCGUCGCCACAGCCAUUUAUAUCGUCCACUUUCCAUUCCUUCCACUCUCCGCACGUCCUCAUCCAGCAUCACUGCGCCGGCUGUCGUUCCGCCACUGCCAACGCUUCCGCUGCUGCUGCUGCUAAUGACGACUUACGCGAUAGUACUAGCGCCGACGAUCCUUGGGGACAUGCCUCUGUGCUGCGAGCUUUUCUCGAGCUCAACGGACCGGCGACCACACAAGAAGUGGAGGAAGAACGGGAACAGCGGUGUGAGGAGAGCGUGACGAAGCUGUGCGUGUGCGUGCGCGAGGUAGCACGUGGCGGACAGGGCCCGUCGUGGUCGUCGGGACGGCUGCAGCUGGCAUCAGUCGCUGCGGAGGACGUCAUGCUGCACAUGGUGCGGCUGCGGGGACGGGGGGCGCGGAAGGGGAAGGCCGAUGAAUGGAUGGGAGGCGUGGGUGAGGGAGAGGAGAAGGCGGAGAUAGUUGUGUCGGCGAGGGCGUCAGACACAAGGGAGCUGCACCAUCCGUCUGCCGUACAGGCCCUCCUGCACCUCGCGCAGAGAGGCUUCGUUACUGUCACGCCCCUUGGCAUUGAUGCACCCCGUGGAGUUACCCACGCGCCCCGCAUCACGCGGCCACUUGAGGAGCGCGCCCCUGGCUCUGUGCGCAUUCUGCUAGGCGUCCCCCGCAAGCUCGUCCCUGAGGUGGCGUUGGAGCACAUGUGCUCACCUCUGCUCGCCCCUGUGCUGAAUGAAUGGCGGCGGAGCUUCGGCCACGUGAAUCACAUGCGCGCGCUCAUGUGCAGCCUUGCUCCACAUGCCGUGCUGCACCCCGUUCCUCAUGGAUGUGCCAGUGCGCUACAGUGCUGCUCCUGCCAUCCUGAUGGAGCAGCGUACGACAGUGAGGAUGACGGAUUGCCACGCGGCAGUGGCUUCAAUCUCGAGCAACUGUACCGAGCUGUGCGGCCCAGCAGGCACCUUCCGUCCCUUGACUCAAGCCCACCCAACCUGCUGCCCCCUCUGAGGCCAUACCAGAGCAGAGCUGUGGCGUGGAUGGUGCAGCGCGAGCGGGGCGAGCAGGGGGGAUGCGGGGAUGGAAGGCAUGGCGAAUGGUGGACGGAAGUGCAGCAUCCCUUGUGGCGGCAAGUGGCAGCAGAGAGAAGCCAUUCUGACGUCACUCUGCACUACAAUCCUAUCCAGUGGGUAUCUGCCAGCCAAGUGUAUUCAUGUCCCCUGUUGCUAUUCCCCCUCUUUCCGCACCGCACCUGUCGCUUUCCCCCUUCUUUCGACACCAAAACUGUUGCUAUUCCCCCUCUUGUUGCACGGCAACAGUUGCUAUUUCCCCUCUUUCCAUGCCGCAAUUGUUGCUAUUCCCCCACUUUCCGCACCACAGUUUCUGCUAUUCCCCCUCUGACCACACCGGACCUGUUGCUAUUCCCCCUUUCCUCCACCAUUGCCACUCAACAGGGACCCGCGUUUGCUCUAUUUCUGCUUCACCCACGUCCUCAUCCCCUCCUGCCCCCCUCUUUGCCAUGUGUCAUCCAGAGGUACCUUUGUGCGCCUCCCUCGCUCCAGCUGCUGUGCUCAUCCGUGAGGGGCGGCAUUCUGGCAGAGGAGAUGGGGCUGGGUAAGACCGUUGAGGUGCUUGCCUGCAUCCUUUCCCACCGCUGGGGGGGCAGUGGGGAGGGAGAGACGGAGAAAGGGGUUAUCGGGAAGAGGGCUAAAGUGGUGAAAAAAGGACAAUCUGAAGAGUGCAGUGAGAGGGGGACGAAAGGCAAGAAGGGGGAGGAUGGCCAGAAGGCGGGCGAGGGGAGCAGGAAGAAGAGGGAGGAGACGACGGGGUGUGAGAGGACAGCAGCACAGAGCAGCAAUGGGCGCGGUGGUGGCGUUAAGGUGGUGACGGGCGAGCAAGGAGAGGGCAUGGAGGGCGGGGAGGAGGGGUGUAUGCUGACGCCGUGUGGGAGCACACUCAUCGUGUGUCCGGCGGCCAUUCUUCCUCAGUGGCGGGACGAGAUCGUGCGCCACACCCGGGCAGGCACAGUGAGUGUGCUCGUCAUUUCCUCACCUGCCUCCUCGGGUGAUGAGGGGAUAGACAGGGCCUUUCGUGGAAGGCGGGGUGGUAAGGUGGGAGACGGGCGUAAGGGAGGGCGAGGAGGGGGUGGAAAGGGGAAGAGGCAGGUGGAUUGGGGGGAAAGGGAGAGGCUGGAUGUGGAGUGCAGCGAGGAGUGGGAGGAGGUGGAUGAUGUCACUCCUCUUGAUCUCGCAGCUGCUGACAUCGUGCUGGUGUCAUAUGAAACACUUAGUGGCGACAUCUGGCACGAUGGGCCGACACGAGUGUUGCGGCAUAAGAAGAGGUACGAGGCCCGCCCCACGCCCCUCACGCUCCUGCACUGGUGGCGGGUGUGUCUGGACGAGGCGCAGCUGGUGGAGGGGGGAACCUCCAGAGCAGCAGUCAUGGCGGCCCGCCUGUCAGCGCAGAACCGGUGGUGCGUGUCGGGCACUCCCGUUCAGAAAGGCCUCCCAGACCUGCAGAGCUUGCUUCGGUUCCUCCGAGCCUCGCCGUUUGACGAGCCGCAGUGGUGGUGCGAUUAUUUCGAGAAACCUAUUGAGAAUGGAUGCAUGCCAGCAUGGCAGUCCCUCCUGGCCCUCAUGUCGCAGCUGAUGUGGCGCCAUAACAAGGCUGACCUGGCAGACGAGCUGGCGCUGCCACCUCAGCGGCAGCUGCUGACAGUACUGCAGUUCAGCGCCAUCGAGGCGCACUUCUACCGCCAGCAGCACGCCAAGUGCGCCCAGCGUGCAAAACACGUCCUCAGGCUAGGGGAGCGAGGGGGAGAGAGAGCAGGAACAGGACAGGGCGGAGGUGGGGACGGGGAUGAGGAGGAGGAGCAGGGAGGGGAGCGGCAGAGGCAGCAGUCACAGUCGCUGCGGUCGUUGCUGCUGUCGAGUGCAUGUCGUGCUGACCUCAACAGUUUCCUAGCAUCGCUGCUGCUGCUGCGCCAGGCGUGCUGCCACCCUCAGGUUGGCUCGGGCGGGCUACGGCGUUUAAACUCUGAGCGACCCAUGCACAUGGAUGAAGUGUGGCAGGUGUGUCCCAUGCACAUGGAUGAAGUGCGGCAGGUGUGUCCCAUGCACAUGGAUGAAGUGCGGCAGGUGUGUCCCAUGCACAUGGAUGAAGUGCGGCAGGUGUGUCCCAUGCACAUGGAUGAAGUGCGGCAGGUGUGUCCCAUGCACAUGGAUGAAGUGCGGCAGGUGUGUCCCAUGCACAUGGAUGAAUUGCGGCAGGUGUGUCCCAUGCACAUGGAUGAAGUGCGGCAGGUGUGUGUGCUGCUGAGAAGCAGGCAUGUGGAUUGUCAAGCAAGUUGGGUGCUGUUGGAGAAGGCACAUGUAGAGGCGGAGGAAGCGCAGCGCCUUCUCAUCUCCGCCCUCAACGGCCUCGCUGCCCUCCACGCCAUCCACGCCCCCACCCUCGCCCUCCGCGCCUCCUCCUCGCCCCCAUCCGCUGCUUCUCCCCACCACUCUCUCGAGAACAUCAACCAGUGGGGGCCCGGGGCAGAGCAGGCAGUGGGGUUUUACCGCGAUGCGUUGCGAGUCUUGGAUGGGAAUGAGGAUGAAGCGCGGGAAGUGAAUGGCGACGGGGAUGGCGAUGAAGACGGAAAUGAGGGCGGCGCAGGUGGAGCGAGUGUGUCUCUCUCCGCUCCUCACCGCGCUCGCCAGCGCAACGCCCUCCUGCAGCGCCUGCACGUGCUGCACAACCCGCACUCGCUGCUCGCCCUGCUGCACUCCGCCAAGGGGGGAAGCCACGGGCACUGUGGUGGAGCGCGGAGCAAGAUGGGGUGCAGUUCGGUUGAGUCAGGUGGCAAUGGAGCAGGUGCGGUUUUCGGUCGGACAGCGAGGGAGGAGAGGCUGGAAGGGGAGAUGGAGGAGGUGAUGGGGAGGUAUGUGGCUCCUUACAGGGCGCGCGCUGCUGCUGCCCAGAAGGCCUUCGAGGAUGUGCACUCACAGGUGGAAGCCCAUGGGGCAACAGCUCUCCUCUCCACCUCCACCUUGCGUUCAUGGCACACUCUCCUUGCGGCGCUGCAGUCUUCUGCACCUUUAAUCCGCACAGGCAGCAUCAUCUCUCACUUGGAGCGCACGCUACUAGAUGAUGAUAACUGCAGCAGGCUAGAGACGAGAAGCAUGGCCAGCCUUGCUCUCAGCUUCCCCACGCUGCGCGGCCUGCUUGUUGCGCUUGGAGUGCAAGUGGCCGGGCUGAUGAGAGGCAGGCAACAAGCGCUGCAGCGAGUGGUGGAGGCGGGCAGCAGGGUGGAAGGGGAGGCCCUGGGAGGCAGUCUGGUGGCGCAGGCAGGCUCGUGUGCGCGUUGCAGUGCUGGGCAAGAGGAGGGUGGGGCCGAGGAUUGCGAGGCCGAGGAUGGAAGGGAUGAGGAGGGCGGGGCUGAGGGUAUUUUGGCUGGUGGAGGUGGUGGUGAGAGGGGAGCAGAUGGGGGAGGAGGCACUGAGCGUUACGGGCGCUGUCUUAUCCAGCUACAACUCUCAUCAGCCCCUCCAUUCCUCGCCUCCUCCUCCCAUCCCACUCGCCCUCUCCACCCUACCUUCACCGCCCCUCCUGCUCCCUCUCACGGCCCCAUUGGCACCUCCCAAUCGACACUGCAAGUGCGCUGCACACCAGUGGAUCGAGCCACAGCAGCAGGGCGGCAGGACACAAAGGGGAGGGGCAUCAGGGGCAGCAAGAGAGGGGGAAAGGGAGGGGUAGGGGAGGAAGGGGAGCGAGGAGGUUCGGUGGAGUGGAAACGAGCAGACACCGUGAGGUGUUUGGCUAUGCUGCCAUGGGUGCUUGCGUCACUGCCUGAUGGCAUCAUUGGAGAUGAGGACCGGGGCGUUCUGGAAGCGGCAGCAUUCCACACUCUGGAAGCUUUGAAGACAAUGCAGAACGAGGUCCGGUUGGCCCGAGCUUGGGCCAAGGCCCAGCGGGCUGUGCUUCGUGCAUUGCACAGGAUGCAAACCACCACCAAUCGAGCCUGGCCCUUGCGCCACGUGGACAACCCGCAAGCUGCCAGCACACCAGUGAACGUGGCACGCAAGCUGACAGAUCUGAACACACGGCUCAUAAAGGACAGGCUGGCAGCGAAGGCUCAGCUUGAGGAUACCCGGGGGAGGCUGAGGUUCCUGCGGUUGCUGUUGGAAGAGAGGAGGGCGGAGAAGGGGAAGCGUGUGGCUGAUGGGAUUGGGGAAGGGAAGGAAGAGGGAGGGUCUGGGGAGAGUGGGAUGGAAGAAAGGGAAGGAGAAGAGGAGAUGUGUGUGGUGUGCAGUGAGCUCUUGACGAACAAGUUUUCAGUCUUCCCAUGCUUCCAUGUGCUGUGCCGCGACUGCACACAACUUCUGGUGGUGAGGGCCUCUUCAGUGCGCGCUACAACUAGCAACAUCACGGGCAGUGUUGCUGGCAGCAGCAGGGAGCCGCGAGUCCAGUGCCCCAUGUGCCGCAGGGAGGCACUAGCAUCGGAGAUACGAGACGUGGAGGACAGCUCCCGCAAAAAUCGCGCAGCCUUUUCCAGGUCCCCUGCUGCUAGUGCUACUGCUGCUGCUGCUGCCGUGGAUGCAAAUCCGUGGCUGGGUAAGGGUGCUGCAGCGAGGGAGGGCGAGGAGGAGAUGGUGCCGGAUAAGGUGCAGAUGUACGAGAAAGAGAUGAGUCUCUGCACGGACUAUGGAACAAAGCUGGACGCGGUAACGCGCCGAGUGUUACAUAUCUUGCACUCGGACGCGUCAGCCAGAAUCAUAGUGUUCAGUGCGUGGAAGGACAUGCUAGUCCUCAUCGCCCAUUGCCUGCAUGCCAACGGCGUCCCCACCGCCUCCGCCUUCAAACCUCGGGAAGUGCCGUCUGCACUGGAGCGCUUCACAUCAUCUAUUCGCCCACCAGCCCUAUCGGCUACUGGCAGUGGAGUGGGUGGGAGUGCAGAGUGCCGAGUGCUGCUGCUGGUGACGGCGGUGGGGGGCAACGGGCUGAACGUGGUGAAGGCACAGCAUGUGGUGUUUGUGGAGCCGGGGCUCAAUGCGGCCGCUGAGGCACAGGCUGCCAACCGCGUGCACCGCAUUGGGCAGACCCGACAGACCUUCGUUCACCGCUUCAUUGUGCAGGACACAGUAGAAGAAUCCAUCCACGGCCUGAACCGCUCCAAGGCUUCUGCAUCCCACCUCUCCACCUCGGCUGCCAGCAAGGCAUCCGCAUACGAUCUCAACUCACUCACUUUGGAGGAUGUCAGCACUCUCUUUUCUCGAGGCUGA